GAGGGGCUAAGUUGGAUGCAGGCGGGAAUUUAGUUCUCUUCCAAUUAGCCUUCCACCUCGCCCUCUGGCGGCUUCAGACAGCGGGCCGACUUAGUGUGACUGUCGGCAUGCUUCCAGACUGUCAGUGACAGUCCCCAGAGGGUGACUGCGCAGGAGACAGGAGCUUUCCAAAUGGGAGAGGAGGGGCCGGGUGGCACCGUGCAUCUGCUGUGCCUCGCGGCGUCCAGCGGGGUCCCUCUGUUCUGCAGGAGCAGCCGCGGGGGCGCCCCCACUCGUCAGCAGCUCCCAUUCUCUGUCAUCGGUGCCCUGAAUGGAGUCCAUAUGUUCGGGCAAAAUCUGGAAGUGCAACUGAGCUCUGCGAGGACGGAGGACACGACCAUCGUGUGGAAAAGCUUCCAUGACAGCAUCACCCUCAUUGUUCUGUCUUCUGAGGAGGGCAUCUCGGAGCUGAGGCUGGAGAGACUGCUCCAGAUGAUAUUCGGGGCCAUGGUUCUUCUCGUGGGACUUGAAGAACUGACCAAUAUCCGAAAUGUAGAGAGACUGAAGAAGGAAUUGAGGGCCAGUUAUCACCUCAUCGACAGCUUCCUGGGGGACUCAGAGCUCAUUGGGGACCUGACUCAGUGUGUGGACUGUGUGACUCCUCCAGAGGGGUCCCUCCUGCAGGAAGCCCUUGCCGGGUUCGCGGAGGCCACGGGCACAGCCUUUGUCAGUCUGAUGGUCGGCCGGGUGGUAGCAGCGACAGAGGGCUGGUGGAGGCUGGGAAUGCCCGAGGCCGUGCUGCUCCCCUGGCUAGUGGGGUCUCUGCCGCCGCAGGCUGCUCGCGACUAUCCGGUGUACCUGCCUCACGGGAGUCCCACGGUCCCUCACCGGCUCUUGACCCUGACGCUGCUGCCGGGCCUGGAGCUGUGUCUGCUUUGCGGGCCACGCCCGUCCCUGAGCCAGCUGGACGCACAGCUUCUGGAGCGCUGGUGGCAACCCCUGCUGGACCCACUGCGGGCCUGCCUGCCACUGGGCUCGCGAGCGCUGCCCGAUGGCUUCCCGCUGCACACAGACAUCCUCGGGCUGUUGCUCCUUCACCUGGAACUGAAACGUUGCCUGUUCACCGUGGAGCCUUUGGGGGAUAAAGAGCCUUCCCCAGAACAGCGCCGGCGUCUCCUCCGAAACUUCUACACCCUGGUCACCACCACACACUUCCCACCAGAGCCAGGGCCAAUGGAGAAGGCAGAAGACAUGGUUAACCGGGCCCAGCUACCGAAAGCCUGCUACCUGGUGCUGGGGCCAGGCAUGGGGUGGCAACUGGUGGCUCUUCAGCUGGGGCUGCGGCUGCUGCUGCUAUUGGUGCUUCCUCAAAGUCCCACCCACGGACUGCGAAGCCUGGCCACCCACACUCUGCAUGCCCUCACCCCACUCCUUUGACCAGCUAGGGGUCGGUGACCCACGCAGGUGACCCUGGGGUAGUAGCAUCUGUUUAUUC